UCUAUUUGAUGCCAAAAUCAUAUAAGAAAGAUAAAUAAUUUGAUUUUUAUUAUCAUAACUUUAUGGUUCUUCAAAGAAAAAAAAUUGAACAAAUAUAGAAAAAACAUAAAUGAUGUCUAAAAACAUAGAAGACCGAGUGGAUGAUCCUAAGGAAAAGGAAGAGAAAAAUAAUCAAGAAAAGGGAAAUCAAAAGAAUUCCAUUUCCCCUUCCCAUUUAAAAGGAAAUAACAAUGGAAAACGACAUGCUGGUGAGACUUCUGAUCCGAGUUUUCUUAUUCAACAAAUUGGUCGGGAUAUAUCAAUUCAAUGUCUCCUUCAAUUGUCAAGAUCUGAUUAUGGAUCAAUUGCUGCAUUAAAUACGAGUUUUCGAUCACUAAUUCGAUCUGGGGAACUUUAUCAACUUAGGAGAAAAAUGGAAAUAAUAGAACAUUGGGUUUACUUCGGUUGUGAAGUUUUUAAAUGGGAGGCAUUUGAUCCAAAUCGUGGUCGAUGGAUGCAAUUACCUAAAAUUAUUUGUGAUGAAUGCUUCAUGUUGUCUGAUAAGGAGUCACUGGCUAUUGGUACUGAGCUUUUAGUUUUUGGUAAGGAAAUAAUGGCUCCUAAAAUUUAUAAGUAUAGUAUUCUAACAAAUACGUGGUCAGUUGGGAACAUGUUAAAUACUCCUAGAUGCUUGUUUGCUUCUGCUAGCUAUGGAGGAAUUGGCAUAUUAGCGGGUGGUUGUGAUAUGCGUGGUAACAUCUUAAGAUCUGCUGAGCUAUAUAACUCUGACACUAGAAAAUGGGAAACUCUUCCAAACAUGAAUAAAGCAAGAAAAAUGUGUUCAGGUGUAUUUAUGGAUGGAAAAUUUUAUGCCGUUGGUGGGAUUGCAGCUGACAAAAUAACGCAACUUACAUGCGGUGAAGAGUUUGAUAUGACGACAAAAACCUGGCGUGAAAUACCCAACAUGUUCUUAAUACAAAAUGAGGUGCUUGAGACACCAACCUCUUUUGGGUCACCUCCAUUGAUUGCUGUUGUAAAAAAUGUGUUAUAUGCUGCUGAUUAUUCACGACGUGAAGUAAAGAAGUAUGUUAAAGGAAAUAAUUCAUGGGUUACCAUUGGAGGAUUUCCCGCGCAAGCAAACUCGAUGAAUGGUUGGGGACUAGCGUUUCGGGCAUGUGGCGAUAAGCUAAUAUUUCUUGGAGGUCAUAAUCUUCAUGGUAGAGGAAUGCUUGAGAUUAAUGCUUGGGUCCCAGACGAAAACGCGCCACAGUGGAAUCGGCUUGCGACAAAGGAAUCAAGGAGUUUUGUUCAUAACUGCACUGUGAUGGGAUGUUGAUGUUGUUUAGUGUUGUAUGAGUUUUACUUGUUUUAUGAUUUGAAGAUUUUAAUUUAUCCCCAAAUCUUGUUUUUUAUUGAUUUCUAGUUUGUUAAUGUGGGUGUUUCUUUUGUA